ACGUGUUCUCCUGUGAGGGACACUAAGCAUGUUGUACGUGUUCUCCUGUGUGGGACACUAAGCAUGUUGUACGUGUUCUCGGUCGGUUCAAUAUGAAGCUCAAGAGUGCGAAUUGAGUGGCUGCUGCACACGAACUGGGCAAGUUGUCGCCGUUAGCUGAACGCUGAAUGAACGCAGUCCCGGUGUUUCUUGUACUCUGGUCAAAUGAGUGAAUUCACCAAUCGAACGGAAGCGCACGCGUCCUUUCAGAAAGGAGGAAAGUUUCAGAGUAUUUGGCUUACUUCUGCAGCCGGGAGCCGCUCUGCGGCGUCCCGCUCGGUAACUCUGGGGAGGACAGAGGGAGAAAAACUCUUUGUUUACCGGAUCCGGCAGCGCACUCAUUCGGCUCCUCAGCCGCUCCGCGACCGCCGCUUCCCGCCUCGAGCCACGCGCCGGACGCCGGAGCAGCUCCACGGGCCGCGGGUACUCACGAGAGCCGUCCCGGGGUCGGCACCUGGUUCACGGCUCACUAAGUUGCAGCUUCUCCUCUCGAGCAGCCCGCGCGCACCUCUCCCCCUGCAGCGUGCGUCCGUGGUCCGCGAGGGAGGCUUCCGGCCGCGGCCUUCACAAUUAAAGCACGGACAGAUGACCUGAGCACACGAACGCUGUUAAGGGAGAGCGGCCGGUUCAUUCCCUCUGAAGAAGUUCCAGGUCAGAAUCAUCGGAGAUGCUUUUAACAUCAGACUAGUAAGAGGCUACAUGGUAACUAAAAAAGUUCAAACUGAGCUUCCAACUAGAAAUGAGGAGCAAUACUAAAUUAUAUUUUGGAGAAUACUGUCAAAUAGUGUUCACUGCCCCUUAAACAGAAAUUAAAAAGUUAGCUUGUGUAAACAUGUAACUGACGACGACAUGUAACUAUACAUCAUGAAGUCCAUAAAUAAUUCCCUAUUCCCGUCUAUUCACCGUGUUUAUGGUCUGUGUUUAUUCAUUUGUAAAAAUGGUAAAAUAGAGUCAACAUUUAUUUAUUACAUUAAAUUCGAUUCAUUCCUACACUAUUUAAAAUGGCCAGUCAGUAUGUGGGACAUUUACAGCCAUGCUGAUGACUUCACUGCCCGUAUGAUUCUCUCUAAAACGUUUAUUUUGAAGUGUGCAACCGGACGUUGAAAAGACGCCGGUGCCUCCGCUGACAUCCACUAACGGGACCACUCGGCAUCUCGGUCCCUGCGAUGCGCGCGUCCCGCGCGUCCCGCGUCCUGUCCACAGACAGCAGACCUCCAGUCGCACCUCGCCGCUGGACUUGAUGACAAAGGAGUGUCUCGCCUCUGGGACGCGGUCCUCGGCCUCCCUGAAGACGAGGUUCGUAACGAAGAGGAGGGUCGCCCCGUGGGUGCAGCACGACGCGGACAGCGACUCUCAGCUGUGCAGGUGCUCCAUAUUUUGCAUGUCUGGCAGUAGUCGCUCUGUUCGGCGGAUUUUGACAGCCUGCGUCCUCUCUUUCCUGGACCCUGCUUGGCUCUGUGUCCAUAGACCUCAGCUUCAACUUUGACCUGCUGCACACGACAGAGGCUGCUUACGACGAGCUUACUUCGUGUAGGACGAUAGCCAUCCUGCAACUCGUCAGUAAGCUUCAAAAGAUGAGACAUUUAAUUACCAAAGACUUGAGCAAUGAGACGUUAGAGGCCAGUAUCUCAGAGAUUCUGUUUCCAGUAUUUGCUCACCUCUCUGAUGAAAUGGCAGGUAAUAGCGAUGGCCACGGGAUCCCCUGUAGUGUCGAGUUGGCUGGAUUUUGCCAAGAGUUGAGGUGGAGCGUUCAAGGAUUUCUGAAUACUUCUAUGGAUACAAAUGACACAAGGGAAAAUGGUACCUCUGCUUACUCCCUGGCCAUCGGAAGACUUCUAGACAUCUGGGGUACCGUAGAAGAUACUUUAACCAAAGUCAACCAGAAUGUGAACUGGAAAGAUGUACUGUCUGCAAGACUACUGAUACAAUUCCAAGAGCUCAACCACCAGUUGAUGGACUUCCCCCACGUGGCAACUCGCCCUGACUUCCAGUACAAGUGGACUUAUGUACUAAGCUACCUCGGCUUUGCCAGAGUUAUGACGGAACAACUGAAUGACUGCUGGGUGGAGAACAUAGACCGUAAGCUAAACUUAAGCCAGACUCCAAAACAUUCUUAUAUUUUCAACACAAGUCUUUGGCGGGUCUCAGGAGCAAGGACAGAGCUCCUGUCUGGGUCCCACGCUGGAAUUCAGGCUCUGACACACACUCAGCAGUGCUUGUUUGAUCGGGCGGUGCCAGCUCUCAGGUUGGCGUCUCGUGCCGUGUCUUCGGGCCUCAGCAUGAGGGUCUGCCUGCUGUCCAUAGCCUGCCUCAUCUACCCGGUAGUGAUGAUCUCGUUCAAGCAGAUGACCGAGUGGAUACAGAACUACGCCAAGAGCUUGAAGGAGAAGACGGAGGACCUGAAGCGCCAAAGGCAGUUGGCCGAGGACCUGCUGCACCAGAUGCUACCCAAGUCGGUCGCCAGGCAGCUCCGCCAGCACAAACAUGUCGAGGCAGAGAGCUACGAAAAGGUGACCAUUUUUUUCUCAGACAUUGUGGGCUUCACCUCUAUCUCUGCAUCCUGUGCUCCUCUUCAAGUGGUGGAGAUGCUGAACAACCUCUACAUGUGCUUUGACACGCGCAUAGACUCCUACGAUGUCUACAAGGUGGAGACGAUUGGGGAUGCAUACAUGGUUGUGAGCGGUCUGCCUGAGAGGAACGGGGAUAGACACGCCGAUGAGAUCGCCAAGAUGGCGCUGGAUCUGGUUGCAGCCGUCCGGCAGGUCUCCAUCCCCCACAUGCCCGACCACAGGCUGCAGCUCCGAGCCGGUAUCCACACAGCACAGAAAAUCCACACCAGCUCAGAAACCUUUUUGGCUCUGAUCAAAGACGACGCCUACGAGCUGCAGCUCCGGGGAGAGAUUGAGGUUAAGGGUAAAGGCAAAAUGAACACAUACUGGCUGGUGGGCCAUAAGAACUACAGUGUGCAGAACGACAGCCUGGUUUGCCACUGGAACCCCAACAAGGCCAGAAAGAAGAAGAUCUUGGCCGGCAGCGACGUCUCUGUGGACAACUCGUCGGUGACGGUGCAGAGCCUCAGUGGGAGCGCCACCCCCCCAGUCUCCCUUCCCUCCUCGGCGGUGACCCCCCGGACCGACCAGCCUGGCCUGAGCGUGGCAGCUCAGGUAGAGCCUUACGGGGGCCGCCGCGGUGCCCUGGGCUCCAUGAUCGGGGGGUUCCAGGGAGGGGAGGAGAGCCCCCUGCCCAGCCGGCGGAGGAGCAGCAAUGGGCUGAAACCCGACCUGCUGCCCGGCUCCGACCUCCACCCGUAACUGGCACAGUUACCGGAUUAACUUUUUGGGAUUAGUGGUGAUUUCUUUCUGUGGUAUGUAUUUGAGUUAUUUGAAUGUGUAUAUAUUGUAUACAUAUUUGUAUAUGUGAAGUAUUGAUAAAGUGUGUGUGUGUGAGAGCUAACUAGAAGCCCAGUGCCGUCGGGUCUAUGAACCUGCAGAGGGCGAUCAGCUGUGGUGUGCAGCUCCCCACUAUUACCCAGCGUUAUAGUGACUUCCUGCAUAUUGUUUGGCCAUGAAACUCUCUCUCCCUGAAGGUGUCCACCUACCUACCCUCCACCUUCUAUAACUGUAUAUGUUGAUAUACAUGUAUAAUUUGUUUAAUUUUAAAAACUUGUGCUUAAAUGUUUUUGUUGCUGAAUUAAAAAAGCACAUAUCCAUUCUAUCAAUAAAAUUCCUUCAUUCAUUGACCUUAAAUUUCA